AGCGCGGGCGAAGCGCGUUUGGGUUAAACAGGAGCGUCCAAACCUUACGCACACAGUCUGGAAGUUUUCGCUCCAGUUUAAGUUUAACUCCCAGUGUCUCCAGUUACAGAAGGGAUGAUCAUGCCCAGCGAAGAAGAAAGAUAAGAAGCUAAAUAAAAAGCCGGGCUAGAUGUGACUCAUAUAGGCUGAAUUAUGCGUCUGCCUGAGAUUUACUGAGCGGGGUGCGCUCCUCAGGCUUGAGGUGGAUAUAUGGUUGACUCAAGAACAUUUGUGACUUUUUUGGUUGUUGUUGCUUCACUGGAACUAAUUCAUAAUUCAUGAUGGAGGGCCACAUGUUGUUGAUAUGGAUGCUGAUGUGUUUGCUCCUGCAGCCCUCGACCACACAGAACAGCUCACCUGAAGGAGUGCUGAACUGCUGCGAGGGUGACGUUCUCUUCUUAGUGGAUUCCUCUGGCAGUGUGUCAUCCUACGAGCACACCCACAUGCUAUCCUUCCUGUCUCAGCUCCUCUCCCCGUUUUCACUGGGAGAGGACCAGGUGAGGGUAGGACUUCUGCAGGUGGGCACCAAACCACGCCUCGAGUUUGGCUUUGAUAAAUACAGCACCCAAAGUGGCCUCCAGACAGCUUUGAGAAACAUCAGACCUCUCAGGGGGGACACCAACACAGUUGAGGCACUGAAAAUAGCAAAGGAGUGGGUGCUGCGACCUGGCAAGGCAGGCGGCGCCCGGGAAGGGCUCCCGAGGGUGCUGGUGUGGCUGACUGAUGGGGUAAAACCGGGGGAUGUGACUGGACCAAUGGCUCAGCUGCAGGAGGAAGGUGUGGCUGUGCUGGUGGUCUCCACCGGCCAUAGCAACUACCAGGUGUUGAGGCAGGUGGUGAGCCCACCUGUGGAGAACCACCUGUACUUUGUGGACAUUGAUGAUAUGAGCAUCAUCACAAAGGAAUUACGGGAUGCGAUUAUUGAGAUUAUCCGAGCUGAACGAAUGAAUGUCCGAGACGUCUCCACCAACUCUGCCACACUCCAGUGGCGACCCGUUCUGUCUGGUUUGACGGGCCACUAUGAGAUCCGCUUUGGUGCAGUUCGGACAGGGGGAAGUGGUGGUGGGGGUGGGACAGGGACCAGUGGAGCCACUGAAGGAAUUCAGUACCAGAGACUUACCCAGUCUGCAGACUCAAGCACUGCAAGGUUAACUGGCCUGAAGCCUGACACCACCUAUAUCGCCAUACUGAGACCAGAGUCCAACGAACAAGCCUUUAAUGACCUCUCUGUCACCUUCACAACUAAACCAGAGGUGCUGAGCCCAGCUGUGGUAACAGUUUCUGAGUCUGGACAAACCAGUGUUCGGGUCACUUGGGGUCCUCUCCAGCCAGAGACGGUCACGAGUUACUCCGUUGAGUAUUCUGCCCUGCCUGGCGGCCAGUUCCGCUCUGUCACCCUGGCCCAAACUCAGAACUCUACUCUGCUCAGAGGCCUCCAACCUGAUACCACUUACUUGGUCACUGUUAGCGCCAGGCACGCCUCAGGAAAGGAGAAAGCUAUGUCUGUCAAAGUGUGCACUCAAGAAGUGACUCCAGCCCUGGCAGACCUCCAGCUGACUACAGUGGGUAGUGACUCAGUACAGGUAGAAUGGAAGGGAGGCACGUCUGGUUUGAGGGGCUACUGGCUCACCUGGGAGGGACAGCAAAGCUCUGCCCCUGGUCAGCGCUCCUCUCUCUAUUUGCCACCCGACUCUCUCUCAACACGGCUCACGCACCUGCCGCCUUCAGCUCGAGUGUGCGUGUCGCCCAUUUACCGGACGGCACGGGGAGAGGGACUGUGUUGCACAGCUCAGUUUCACACAGAUGCAUUAGUAUACGGCUACCAAUCAUAGCACCCCUUCAGACUGCAACUGUACCUUACCAAACAUGGAGGGACGAAGGCGAGAAGAAUGCUGACUUUCAUCCAUAAUUCUUUUCCGUGCUUCUCCCCUCUGUGGAUAUCCUCCAGGAGAGAUGUGUGGGUUGGCUUACUGAGCACUCAUGUGGAAGUCAUGGACACUUAAUAGUAUUUUUUUUUUUUUUGUGUGUGUGGGGGGGCGUAGCCACAUGCUGACUGCGACGAUCUGCAACACAGGAAUGUCUGCUUUCCUGUUUUUAUUUUCUCGUCUGGUUUACACCUGUAGUAACCAUAUGAUGCUUCACAUUAAAGAUGCAAGCUUAUGAAAGCUCAUUUGUAGGUCUGUUUCACAGCUACAGAGAAGGGAGUGCUGGGAAUCUUGAGGUUUUAAGUGGCUUGUUAUGAAGAACGAGUUUGCACCAUAUGUGGACCAUGUGUUCAAAUCUGCAUUUUUUUCCCCCAUAAAUCCUCCAAACGCAUAGAGAACAUCUGAUUUACAUUUGUAAUAAAUACUCACAACUUGUCCUUAGAGGAAUUCUAUUUCAGUUGACAGUAUUGGAAACGUUAAAACAGAUUUGGUUAGGACUGCGUUGACCUUUCGAGAAAUUAUGAACAGACAAGCCACGUGCCCUGAAAAUAGAGGGAUGCUAUAAGUGAUACAGAUGUGUGUAGCUGAGAAUAGCCUUGUACUGCUGUCUUGUACAUCCAGUAAUAUUUAUUAACCUAAAAAUCAUGCAAAUAUGAGAACAGACAUGCUCUUUACAUUUUAAGACUUGCCUUUUACAGUGAGUUUCUGCUGCCCCCUACUGAAAGGAUCCUAACAGGGUUCUCUUUUACUGUAUACUGAGAAUAUGUGUUAUGUUGACUACCUUUGAAAUGUAAUACAAGCUUUCAAUAAAGUCUUUUAAUAAUUUUGUUUA